UCAUUUUCAGGCGAGCGACAAGCAAGUUCUUCUCUCACCCGGACUAUACAGCGGACGUUUUUCUCUAUUAUUCUGUCACUAAAUACGAAUUUCCGAUGCUACAGACUAAAACAAGUAUCUCUGUGUUGCAUGACUUAAUCCGGUUAAAAUAGAUAUUUAAAAAAUAGAUCUCACAAUGAAAAUGGAUUUUCAAAGAGGUUUUGUGACUUUUCUGGCACUGAUAAUGCCGUAUUUGAUCGUAUCGGCGCAAUACCAAGGCGAUAGUGGAAUCGCUGUCCCGGACCAUGGAUUUUGCCAACCUAUUUCAAUCCCAUUAUGCACGGACAUCGCGUACAAUCAAACUAUAAUGCCCAAUCUAGUGGGCCAUUACAACCAAGAAGACGCAGGACUGGAGGUGCACCAGUUUUACCCUUUGGUAAAGGUGCAGUGUUCACCCGAGCUUAAAUUCUUCCUAUGUUCAAUGUAUGCGCCUGUGUGUACAGUUUUGGAAAAAGCCAUUCCACCAUGUCGCUCUAUUUGCGAGAGGGCAAAGCACGGCUGUGAGGCGCUCAUGAACAAGUUCGGUUUCCAGUGGCCGGAACGUCUCCGGUGCGAGAAUUUCCCCGUGCUUGGAGACGGCCACAUUUGCGUGGGUCAGAAUGACUCCACUGCUACAGCCCCGCCCGUACACAUGCCAGUCCCCGGAACCCCUGGCGUCCAUGUCUAUUCAACCCCAGACAGGCCUUUCCGCUGUCCGGCUGUGCUGAAAGUCCCCACUUAUCUGAAUUAUUCGUUUCUGGGGGAGCAGGAUUGUGGAGCGCCAUGUGAACACUCCAGGAGCAGUGGAGGCUACAUGUUUUUCAAUGAUACAGAGAUUUACUUUGCACGCAUAUGGAUCCUCAUUUGGUCUUCUCUGUGUUGUGCCUCCACCCUAUUCACCGUCACCACCUAUCUUGUGGACAUGCAGCGCUUCAAGUACCCAGAAAGGCCAAUCAUUUUCCUCUCUGGGUGCUACACCAUGGUCUCCAUAGCCUACAUUGCAGGCUACUUCCUGGGGGACAAGGUGGUGUGCAACAGCAGCUUCAACCCCGAUGGAUAUAAAACCAUAGUCCAAGGGACCAAGAAGGAAGGCUGCACCAUCCUCUUCAUGAUGCUCUACUUCUUCAGCAUGGCCAGCUCCAUCUGGUGGGUAAUCCUGUCCCUGACCUGGUUCCUGGCGGCUGGCAUGAAGUGGGGUCACGAGGCCAUCGAGGCCAACUCCCAGUACUUCCACCUGGCGGCAUGGGCGGUGCCGGCGGUCAAGACCAUCAGCAUCCUGGCCAUGGGGCAAAUCGAGGGCGAUGUGCUCAGCGGCGUCUGCUUCGUGGGCCUCAACAGCUUGAACCCCAUGCGGGGCUUCAUCCUUGCCCCCCUCUUCAUCUACCUCUUCAUCGGGACCUCCUUCCUCCUGGCAGGCUUCGUGUCCCUGUUCCGUAUCCGCACCAUCAUGAAGCACGACGGCACCAAGACGGAGAAGCUGGAGCGCCUGAUGGUGAGGAUCGGCGUGUUCAGCGUGCUUUACACGGUGCCGGCCACCAUUGUCAUCGCCUGCUUCUUCUACGAGCAGGCCUUCCGCCACCACUGGGAGAGGAGCUGGGUGAGCCACAACUGUAAGGGCCUGGCCAUACCCUGUCCCAUGCAGUACACCCCUCGGAUGACGCCCGACUUCACGGUCUACAUGAUCAAGUACCUGAUGACUCUCAUCGUGGGAAUCACCUCUGGCUUCUGGAUCUGGUCCGGCAAGACACUGCACUCCUGGCGCAAGUUCUACACCAGACUCACAAACAGUAAGCACGGAGAGACUACUGUCUAGGGAGCGAGGCCACCCGUGGAUUUAUUUUUUUAUAACUUUUUUUUAAUGUUCAAUCUGAUGUUUUAUAGUGUGCCCCCCCUCCCCCUUCUUAUUUGUUCUACUCAAUGUGAGAGUGGUACUUUUUUAUACAUUUGUAAUCAGAUAAUGUCAGUGUCUUUAAAAAAAACAUUUUUUUUUAAUGGAGAAUUGAAAUCAAAUAUUGCAUGCCAAUAUUGGAAUCAAAUCAAGUUUUGAGUCAGGAUAGGGUGCUUGACCAAAAUGUUGCUGACAUAUGGAGACUGGCUAAACUUCUGACGUUCUGAACAAACAACAAUCAUGGUCAAUGGAUGCCAUGUGCUGAAGUGCUCUCUCUCUCACCUCCCCCACUCUGAUUCUACUUUUUUAAAGUUACCAGCCAUAAAAACUCUUCAGUGUGUGAGUGAAUAUCCUACUGGGAAUACAGUGAGCAGGGGGAAAAGGAGGUCUGAAUGGACGGGCAGCCAUUUUAAGACUUUUUAUUCACUCUGUGAACAGGUCAGAUGUAAUCAAAUGCAACUGUAAAUAGGAUUGUAAAAUAUAAAGUUAUAUAUUUGUAUUUAAAGAAAGGACAUGUUUUGUUUUUGUCUUUUGACAGCCGUAAUGCCUGGUUAACUCCUGCACCCAUUCUCUGAGAAGCCAUAGGUAGACACUCAGUCACGUGGCCUGUUUUUACUGGCAGCAUGACACGUACAUGUUUCAAGUUUCUCCUGUGAAUCCCAGAUCUGUAAUAAUUUUUCUUAUGAUGUGUCCGAUCAGGGAAGCUGGGUUGUAGUAAAGGCAGUAAAUGUUCCCUAAUAGCCCCUCUCCUUCCUACUCCCCACAAAUGAAAUGCUUUGGCACUGAACAACAAGGGGGGCUGGCUGAAAGGACUGAAGGCAAGGCUGCUAGGAAACUCUGGUCAUGUCUCCGCGGGGGAAAGUCUGCUUUAAAAGGCCAAUUUCACUAUUUCCAAACUUUAUUUUAGAUCUUUCCUCACCUGAAAGAAGUCUAUGGGCCAAGAGAAAUUGUAAUCCUUGUUUCAUUUGUCUUUUAAUAGUUGUCACCAAAAAAUCAAAGGAAGUUAGGUGAAAGCAUGUUUUUUUUUGUGAUCACCAAAGGUACUUCAAGGAAAAUAUUAUAGUGAUUUUUAUCACAUCUUCUCAUCCCUUUUUUCGCUGGUGUUUGCUAAAUUUACUUGACAUUUGUAAUGGCUGUUUCAAUCAACAGAAUCUUUGAUUAUUUAUCAUGACCCAUAGACUUUGAGGGUGAUGAACCAGUUAACAUCCAGUGAAAUGAGUGAACUGAGUUCCACACUGCUAUUACCAAAAAGUCACAUUAAAUAGAUCCACUUUUUGGAUACUCUGUUGGUCAAACUGUUAAAAUGCACAAGCAAAAUCUCUUGAAAACUUGUUCAAAAUAGUGUGGUUAUUUUGAUGUUGUGAUGUGAAAACUGGUGUGAAUCUGGGCACUCCUAAGAAACACUUGACUUGGUUGUGAGGGGAUGGGCAAGUGACAACAAAAAUAAAAGCCACAUGAUUUGAUAAA